CUCAGUCACCGUAACGAGCCAUACCCCCGACCCCUCAGACCUGACUGGCGAAACGCCUAUUCGCGCAACUCGAUCACAGCAUUUGGACGUGAGGCUGUAGACCCUGCAGCCCAUCUGUCCCCGACUCGUUGAUUGAUUCCUACCUCCUACCAUCUCCAGAGCAGUGGAGAUGAGCAGAUCUCCCCAUCAAACAACAAACUCGAGAGAUGCAGCUGGAGGACUGGCUGGAUGACCUCUGUGUCCGAUUUAUCAUAAACCUACCCCCGGAGGAGCUGGAGUCCGUCGAGCGCAUCUGCUUUCAAGUCGAGGAGGCGCAAUGGUUCUACGAAGACUUCAUCCGACCCCUUGACCCUUCUCUACCUUCUCUUUCUCUACGUGCCUUCAGUCUACGCAUCUUUCAGCACUGUCCGCUUUUCUCGCAAUGGUCUGCCCAGCACCAUACCACCGCUUUCGCCGAGUUCCUGGCAUACAAGUCCCGCGUCCCCGUCCGAGGGGCCAUUCUGCUGAACGAGUCGAUGGAUGAGGUCGUCCUCGUGAAAGGCUGGAAAAAGAGCGCAAACUGGAGCUUCCCUCGUGGCAAGAUCAACAAGGAUGAGAACGAUCUCGACUGUGCGGUGCGGGAAGUCUAUGAAGAGACCGGUUUCGACGUGCGCGAGGCUGGACUCGUCAAGGAUGAGAAAGACAUGAAAUAUAUCGAAAUUACGAUGAGAGAACAGCACAUGAGGCUAUAUGUUUUCCGAGGAGUGCCCAGAAACGCGCAUUUUGAACCCAGGACACGAAAGGAGAUCAGCAAGAUCGAAUGGUACAAGUUGACAGAUUUGCCCACCCUGAAGAGGAACAAUCAUCGCCAGCAUGAAGGUAGUGGUACUGACCAUGCAGCGAUCAACGCAAACAAGUUUUAUAUGGUCGCGCCCUUUCUGAAUCCACUCAAGAAAUGGAUAGCUCAACAACGAAAGAAGGAAAACCGGUACAGCUCGCACCUUGCGGCACCCCCCAUGGUGCCAGAGGACGUGACUACUGAGGAUGAACAGAAUGGCAUUGGGGCUCGUCUUGAAAAGACCUUGCCGCAGGCUGUCAGCGACCUGCCCGAAGUCUCCGAUUCUACUACGGUCGAUCCGAGUUCCCACCUUAAAGAAUUACUUCAUAUUGGAGGGCAAGCUGUCCCAGUUCAGCCGGCGUUGCCACCAAGUCACAUCCCGCAGGUUGACACUGAAAAGUCGAACGCUCUCCUGGCUCUUCUGCGAGGACCCCAGCAAGGUCAGCCCGUUGGCGUGCCCAAGACUCCAUUGGAACAGAUCUCGUUGCCGCCUGAGGUCCAACAGUCGCCGCAUAUCUCCCAUGUACGGCAGCCACAGAUCGAUCAAGCCCAACCUCCACCGCCUUUCCAACCGCAGCUGCAAGGACAGGUGUUUGGUCCUGCACAGCCAAUUCUCCAGAGAUCAAAUGAUUCAACCAACGUCCCAAAUGCGGCAGCUUAUCCCACCCACAAAGUCCCACGAGUUACACCGUUCCAAAGAACCACCGAUCCGUUGUUUGCGCCUGAAGGAGCCAUACGGAACGAACGAGCGGCCAUACCUCCAGCAAGUGCGUUGCCUAAGCUGACCAACCACACAAAAGCGCUCUUGGACGUUUUCAGAGGAGCGACCAGCUCAACCAUUCAGCCGCCGCCCCAUUUUGAGACGCCAGCCUCGAAUAUCUUGGGCCAAGUUGGGGCGUUGCUACCAACCCAAGUGCAAAGACCGAGCGUACCAACCGACCUUCCGCUCAAGGCCGAUUACGCUAUCCAAGGAACUGGCAAAGGUUUGGCCCCGUGGUCUUCCAACGCUGUGUUGCAAUCAACCGCCACCGCGGGCUUUGAAAACCAGGUCUCUUCUAUGUUACCUUCAAGACGAUCUCACAGUGCCCAGCAGACAUCCCUCCUUCAGCUUUUUACUCAACCAUCCCCACCGAAACCAUUGGAGAGCUCGCUGGCUCCACGCCCACCACCAGUGGAGCUCGCAGCGACAGCCGCUACCACCUCAUCUCAGAAAUCGAAGGUGAACAAGGACGACCUUCUCUCGUUGUUGGGAAAGGGUGGUCAAGAAGCAUCGCGGAAAGUAGGCGAGAUAAAACGGCCAUCUCCAAGAGAAGGCGAAACGUCUGCCACUAUCAGUGGCCCUUUGAAUCAACCCGAAUUCGAAGCGAUCUCCAGGGCGACCAGGCAUGCGACGAACGAGAUGAGCCGAAGCCCCCUUCCUGCCAACAGGACGCUGUACGAUCCCAAUCAACCAGCACCGGUCAAGAUUUUGACACGACCAGAAGAAUCUCGCUCUCAGCCUCCACGGUCUCCAAGAGGGCCCAAAUCAACCUCGCGACGGGCAACGAGGGAAAAGACUCCAAAGGAGCAAACGAAACCGUUCCAGCCUCAAAUUCUUCGUCGACCGCAACCCAUGGAGGCAGCCAUGGCGGGUGGGCCAACCGCAACAAGCCAGAUUCCGAAUCAGCAGGCGAUUUUGAUGGCCGCUUCUCGCUCGCCUCCUUCUGCUACGGCAGAUGUUGGUGAAAAAUUGACACCGAGCCGGAAGCCUUCCCAAACGGAGGCGCAGAAACAAACGCUGCUUUCUCUCUUUGGUGGAGGACUGGACACUACGCCUAGGGCAACAACAUUACAGCCCAGUUCGGGCAUAGUGUCUCCUUUGACGACUAGUCAAAUCCUUAAUGCCAAUGGUGAAGUGCCGCUGUCUGGGAUUGAGCCCAUUUCCACUCGGACAUCCCGUGUGGGGAGCAUGACAUCGAUCGUGAGUGGGCCAGGAACAGGGCGUGCCGCGGGCGAAAAGCGACACACAGGCGCGGAGAAUAAGGCAUUCCUUUUGGGCUACUUGGGCAGAAUCGCAAGCCAGGAGCAAUGAACGUGUGGACUUUACGAUUGGACUGGGCACGAAGGAUAUUUGGGGCGCGGGCCGGCGGUCUGGGUUGUUAGGGAAGCACGUGUGCGACGUUGAUCGGGGACAAGAAGAAGCCAAAUGUACGCCUAUACGAACGGCAUCGUAUUCGCAUUGGUCUCUGCGUCAGCGGGGCGUCUGGGCACUCGGGCUCUGCAAUUUCUCUCGUGAUGCUCCCGUAUUUGCUCGUGCGAAGGCAUAAUUUAUGCAUUAAGUGUAUCGGGACAACAUGGUCACUUUUUGCUCCGUGUGUCCUUCGGCCUGGAGGAGAUUUUGAUUUUUCUGUCUAACUUGGGUCCUGACAAGGACAUCUUUUUUGGAACCGUACCACGACCAAAGUAGUAAAAGGCGCGAGUGUGUAUGUAAAAACCGUGGAGUCGUAGAGAGCCAAUUGAAGUCGAUGGCGGAUGAUGAGCUCAGCUGCAUGGAGGGAUGAUUCAAGCAGUGAAUGGUUCGAAGGGUACCCAACGAGGCUAGCUGAGGGUCGAUGCUGUACGAGCUUUCACCGGUCCUUCUUGUCUCUGCUCAGGCGUUUUUCUCUGUACCUAUG